AUGUUCCGUUCCUGCCCUAACUUGCUUCGCGUAGUCCUCCUCGGUCUCGAGAUCACAGUGUCUUUGCCUCAACUCUGGCGCAUCUGGGCCCAGAAGAUGAGCACCGGCCUGUCCCUCCCCUACGUAUUUUUCAAUCUUCUCAGUGCCACCGAACGUUUCACAGUCGGGUUCUUAACAGCCGUCAACUCCACCAUCGCCGGCGCCGAUCCGCCAGGCUUUUUCGCCCACAAUCCGAGAACAAUAGGGGACUGUCUGAAUCUGGUGCAGCUGGACGCCCUCUUCCCCUCCAUGUUCCAUGAACCUGAUGAACGUCAAAUCGACUUCGGCGUGGCGAUAUUUGCGGGUAUGUGCUCAAUAAUUCCCCAAGCCAUUCAACUCCGCUCGCUGUCGCUGGAUUGGGGCGUGGUAAGGGUCCGGGACUGGACUCUUCAAGCGGUAGUAUUAGCGAUGCUAGCUGUGUCAUGGCUGUUCCGAGUGAGAUUCGCGAGCAGGGAGGAUAAUGUCCUGACGCCGUUCCGGUCCAUUGCUUGGUUUGUCCGGGUGGGUUGGCCAGCCGGAGGCACGGGGAUGUUUGCAGUAGUUCAGGGGGGCUUAGCUGUCUUGGGGCUGUUGGGGAGAAGGAGAGUAGUUGGUGGUGGUGAGGGAGUGAGAGUAAGCGAGGGAGAAACAAAUCCGCUUCUGGGAGGGACGAGGCAUGCUGUUCCGGAGCACGCCUAG